AUGAAGGUUACUCGCCAUGCUCUGCUUGCCGGACUGCUCUAUGCGGCCUUGGGUGUCGCGUUACCAUUUCAGAUCGUUUUGACCAGCGAUACCCCGACAAUUCGUUUCAAAGAUUCCAGUCUCCCGGCCAAGCGUCUUCCCGAACCCGUUCACGAGAAGCCAUCGUUCAAGCAGUACAUUGAGCAGGUGCGCGAAGCGGCACAGACGCCAGUUACUACUGCUACUGCUACCUUGGACAUCGAGUCCAGUACAUCCGAACAAAAACCAGGGCACGCGCAGUCCGAAUCUGAAUCUGAUACGGAACGCGACCGCGCAUUCCGCGAUCACUACGGUGCAGUCCUCGGUAAACUGGGCAAAUUCAUUUCCAACGAGGAUAUUUCCGACGCGCAACCGGCCAAAAAUGCCCAGGUCCAACACAACCAGGAUCAUCAUACUCCCACCUCCUCCUCUCGAACAAUCACAUAUCUCAAACCGGUCGAUCUGCUCGACAUUAUCGACAAGCAUGGCCCCGAGUGUGUCGCACUAGCCAUUUUCGUUCUCGUCCCUAUCGCCUAUUUCCUCCUCGAACUGCUCGAAUUAGCUAUCGGAUGCUGUGUUCAUGAGCGAUUUCCGCGUCGUGGUCGGGACCGGGUGAGAUUACUCGGUCCGGAGAGACAGAUACGUGCGUGGAGUAAUAGACAGCGGGAACAAUUCUUGGAGAGUGAGAAGCAUUGGUGGCAGGUGCGGAAGACGCGCUGUUGA